GCACCGUUUACGAGUGGACGUCCCUUUGAAAAAUGACUCGGGAGUCAAGUGAGUCCAGUUCAUACUACUAUUCUCUCUAUCUCCUUGGCUCGGUUUGUCUCUGUUGGCCGCAAAUGGGGAGAGUUGAUCCCUCUGCGAAUCUCGGUGGGUACCAUUUAAACACUCGUGAUGGCUUCAAUCGUCUGUCAAGUACACCACGAACAUCCAGCCACUCAUCCGCCUUCACAGUCCGACAGUCCGUACACCCAAAGUCAGUUGGAUUCAGGCUUGACGAAAAGAAUUCAAUCACUCGCAUCGGGAUAGUUCAUAGUUCUCUCCGUGAACUGCUCACAAAUCCUGGUGGGAGUGAAUAGAUAUCUCUGUGUGAGUGAGUGUACCACAUACUACAUGGCUGAGAUCUUGAGAUCUUCCAGAAUUGGAUUCCGUGAUAUAUGACUGAUAUUGAUCAUCGGGAAUUGGCUUCCAAUUGAAUCCGAAGAACAAUGUCUUGACUUCUUUCACCACUCACUUGCUCUCCCAAUGCGUUUCAACGUGUUUCAGUCGAUCUUGGGUGGACGAAGAAAACAGAUCUCUCGGAAUCCUUUGGCCCCUUUUGCCGCUUGAACAAGUGUUCUUUGGCUUUUUUCCCUCCUCAUGCACCCUGCGUGUCAUUUACAUUUCUAAUGGAAUCUAAAUCAUUGCACUCACUUUGAAGCAUCACCGAGACUUGACACAACAUGGGUGACCCGGUGCUCUGAGCCAUCUCUGGGAUUUGUGGAUUUCACCGCGGGUGGUUCGCGCACCCUUGGCUGACAGUCAAAUCAACAUUGGCUUUGCUUUGGGGGUAAAACUCUGAAUAAUCGUUCUCGUUCUUCAAGGUGUGAGGUGUUUGGUGGUUUUGUGAUUCAUCCCAUUGAGCUAAUGGGAAAAUGAAGAGGACGAGCUAAUGGAUCGAAAACGAGUCGGCUUGUUGUCAUUUGUGUGAAAAAAUGCCAGUUCAUUCAGAGUGUGGCAGUGAACUUGUCGAGCUCACAUUCCAUUAACUCUGCGGAAACGAAAGAAAAAAACGAGGGAAAGAGAGAGAGAGAGAGGAAAAGAGGCAAGGAAAUUGUGAAUUCUGUCAAUAGCAACUGUGUCGUCUGACUUCCUGGGCUCGUGUGAAACUUGGCACCCACAAUCCCUGCCACAUAUGGUCCCCGAGAUUUCAAGAUGGCACCGCCAGAAGCCCUAUUUCUUGUCCUGAUGCUCUUCUCCGCUCUUCAUCAUCCACCCUUUGGCGGACUGACUUUGGCGGGAUCCACUCGAAUGUCGGAAGAGUACGAAAAAAGCAGAUCCAGCACUCGCUUUGCACCCAGAACCCGAAAUGCCUUGACCGCACCAAGUCAAAAAGAAUCCAAAUCUGGAUUAAUUGGGGUGAUAGGCUAUGCGGCGGAAAUUCCUUGCCAAGUCACUCCCCUCUCAGACACCGAUGCGCCACACCUGAUUUUAUGGUACAAGGACAUUUUUGGAACACCCAUCUACAGUUUUGAUAUGAGAAAGGAUCUAAGUGGACGCCAUUGGAUGGAUACUCGAAUCUUAGGAAAUCGAGCAUCUUUCCACAUCGAAAAGACAGACUUCAAAACCAGAAAUGGCACUUCUAUCUACAAAUCGUUUCUGAGGAUCGACAACUUACGAAAAUCUGAUGCAGGGCCUUAUAGAUGUCGAGUGGAUUUCAAGGAGGCACCAACCCGGAAUGUCAAAGUCAAAUUGAAAAGGUUGCGCAGCUUAAUGACCUAUGCGAAGACGUUUGUUCAAAAAUCNCGAAAAUCUGAUGCAGGGCCUUAUAGAUGUCGAGUGGAUUUCAAGGAGGCACCAACCCGGAAUGUCAAAGUCAAAUUGAGCCUUAUUGAACUGCCAAGUCCUCCAAUUUUGCUCGAUCAGGAAGGCGCCAAGAUGUCAUCUUCCAUAUCUGCAGAAUCGCCGCACUUAUCACCACCAUUGCGAAUCAACGCCACACUAGAAGUCACUUGUGAAACAAAAGGAGGCGAUCCACUCCCAGAACUGCAAUGGUGGCGCUUAGAACCGGUUGAGAGGGCAGGGAGCCUAAGGGGCCAAGAAGUUGAAUCAAGCAAAAUGCAAUUAAAAGGGGAACCCACUCGAAUUGAAGGGAACCUAGUGAGACGCACUUUAAAACUUGAACGCUUGCAACGCCAAGAUUUUGGCCUCGUGUUGGGAUGCUCAGCCACAAACACAGAUCUGGUGCCUUCCCCACAGACCAUGCUAAAGAUUAAUAUGCUCCUUCCGCCAAUUCGUGCCAAAAUAGAACGGGAAUGGAGCUAUUUUCUGGCUGGAAAAACAUACAACAUUUCGUGUCAAAUUCAAGGUUCCAAUCCAGCUGCCUACGCCAAGGUCAAAAUCGGAAAUCGAGAGCUCAAACUUUUGGACGAUCAGAACGAAUCCGAGGUUCAAGGUCGAAAAUCCACAAUUCGUGUGGUCUUCGUCCCCACCGUUGAUGACCAUGACGAGUUCUUAUCCUGUCGGGGUGAGAAUCCACACCUCACCACGAACAAUGCCGUGGAAGAUCAGUGGAAGAUCACAGUACAAUAUGUUCCCAAGGUCACCCUGAAUCUGGUGGAUUAUCCCGCUCAAAAAGUGGAGCUGAAUGAAAACGAUAAUUUGGAAAUGAAGUGCGUCAUUGAUGCCAAUCCCAAAGCCCACGUCGUCCAUUGGAGAAAGGAUGGAAUAGCGCUGAAUGGAGGUCCAGGUUUGACAAUGCGGAACGUCAUGAUGGAAAGCGAGCGCCAAUCAUCUUCAAUAUUGCUUUUGGAAGAUGUCCAAGCUGAUAAAACCACUGGAAAUUAUACUUGCGUGGGAGAGAACCUUCUCGGACGAGGGUCCUCGAACCCUCUGGAAGUCAGAGUCAAAUAUCCUCCAAAGUGUGCCAGAUCAGGAUCUCUGCUCCAUUACGUUCGAGUUGGUCAAAAAGUUGAUCUUCCAUGUGUCGUGGGAGCUUUCCCCUUGGAAAAUAUCCAAUUCGAAUGGUCUUUCUACCAUGUUCACGACAAAAAUUUGAACAAAGAGGCCAUUUGGACAAGAUCCCCUGGUGCAAAUGAUCCUUUGCAAAAUAACUUGCAGUACCAGCCGAACUCUACCAAGGACUAUGGAACACUCCAUUGUAGGGCUUCUAAUGUAGCUGGUCGACAAGUCACACCAUGUAUUUUUGAAAUCAAGCCCAAAGGCGCUCCCAAAGUGGAGGAUUGUGAGGUCGUGGCCACUGGCCUCAAAUGGGUUCGACUUCAGUGCCUCAUUGAUUCACCAUACGAGCCAUUGUUACCAGAAGGUCAUGGAUAUGGAACCAGAGUCAAAAUAACGGCCUUCGAGGAGAACUCCCCUGACAUAAACAGCAAUAAACUUGGGAAAGAUGGCCGUCCAUUGGUAGCUCCACCAGAGACGGGAGUCGAGAUCGAAUCCUUUGUCCUGACCUCGGUCCAAUCCAGUGCCUUGGAACACACUGGUUUAAGGGACCUGCGGCGCGCAGAUGUGACCUUAUCAGGUUUAUCGAGCGGAAGUCGUUACCGCCUCCAAGUGACCGCAUUCAAUUCUCUCUCCGAGGCCGAGGCCCGAGAACGCUUAACCUCCAACGAGCCUCAAAUGUUCGAAAUAGCAGUUACCACCCUAACUGAGCCUGAUCCAAUCAUUCUGCGGAAAAAGGUGGAGGAAAAUGCCAACGGCAUUCCUCCAAUCGCCGAUGAUAUUAGCAACGUGGUGUCAUCCGACACCAAUCGAAGACCUUGGUCCGCAGAAGAUAAUUCUCUUCCACCUGAUGAGGUUAUGGUGGUGGAGGUGGAGGCCUCAUCGAUGCCAUCCAAAAUAAUGAAGCCUCCUCGUGGUCCUAGACCCAACGAGAAAAGUGAUCAACCGCUUCUCAUUCCAAUCAAUGAUCCAAUCAGACUCCUACCCAUCAUUGGUGUAUUGGCUAUUGUUGUGAUUGUUCUGAUCCUGAUUGCCGUCAUGAUUGUGGUGAUCAUGAGGAGUCGAAACUACAACGCAGGGGAUCCAAGUGCCAAAACUCAUGUCGGAUUCAACCGGUCACUCGAUUUUGACAUUGAUGGUGAUCAAGACGGAGAUGAAAAUUCCGUUGAUAAAGCAAUCAGGAAGAAUUUGGAAUCCCUGGCGAAAGUGGAUAGCUAUGAGCAGCUGAAUAACGUCCGCUUUGAGGGCUUUUCGUCCUUGGAACGAAGACGUUCCAACACGAAUAGCAGUUCCACGUCAUCUUCCAAUCACAAUCAUCCCACAUCACCAAACAGAAAAUCAAAUUUGCUGAUUGAAGUUACCCCCAAAUCCUCAACAACUUCUUCCUAUUCCGACCGAAGACGAAGUCAGUCGCUUUUGGAAUCGGAUCUCGAUUUUGAUCCCAGGAGAUCCCUCACAAAGGCAUAUGUUCAUAGUACUGAAGUGCCAGUGGGACCACUCUGUAUUAUUGAGGAUGAUUUCUCGGAAUCCAGGCCCGAUUUGGAAGAGAAUGCAUCUACUUCAAAGACUGAGGACCAUUUCCCGUUUAGAGAGGCCAUUCAAGCUCCAACUGCCGUGAGCAGAAUCGAGCAACUCACUAUUCUCACUACUCAAGUGCUCCAUUCCCCACCCAAGAAAGAGGUGACUUUUGCUCCCUUGGUUCAAGAAAUGGAACCCGAUGACCUCAAUCUGCUCCAUUCCGAAUACUCCUCAGGAGAUUCCACAUCAAAAUCAGAGGAGGGGACGAUAUCGUCCUCAUCCAGUCACACCACAGAGGCAGCAAACCCUUCUGGAUCUUCGUCUUCUUCCUCCUCCUUGGUGUCCUCCACGUCUCAAAGUUCCAAAGUUGACGGAAAAAAGAAAUCCCAACAAACUUUGGAUCUGAAACGGAGAUCGUCGGAUUCUACCCUUGAAUCUGAAUGUUUGAUAUGAUGACAAAGCAAGAAAAAGAAAACUGACCACAAAUACAAACUCAGAUUCAGCUCGAAUUAUUUGCCCAU